AUGGAUCAUCAACCCCAAAUCUACCCUGCCACUAAUAAGGCCCCGGUCUCCUCUGGUUCCGCUAACAACCGGGAUGUUCAUUUUAUCGAACCCAAAUCUACUUCAAGUCCCUCUUCCUCUUCGUCGACCCGAGGAGCACUCCAAGAGCUCUCAGCCCGUCAUAUUCACAAUCAGGGUGUUGCCCAAAACUCGCCUCAGCAGUACCAAAAUCAAAAAUUGCACCUCAGACCUAGUGCUGUCAAAGUCCCCUCGUCAUUUCGUCGAGCACGGCGAUCAUCUACCGAGCCCGAAGCUUUCGAGCUCCUCGAGGUAGUAGAGGAAGAAGAUUCAAAUUUGUCUGUUGCCAGUUCGCCUGCGAAUAGCAAUCGCUCUGUUCACCAACAGUCAUCAGAAGGGUACAUUUGCAAGUCGCACCCGCUGGCCGAAGCGUGGCCAAGCUUGAGCCCUCAUCUAGAUCACCGACCAGGUCAGUUCGAAUGGUUGGUAUCGUUCUCAGCGCCAACUAGUGAAGCCAACAACAGUGACUCUCCCGACAUUGGUGAAAGCGACCAUUGCAAAAUGGAGACCAAGGUUUAUGGUUGCACUUUGUUGUCACGCUGGCCACGAUACAAUCUCUUCAACACUCCCGAGACUGACAUCUACACCUUCGUAGCGACUCCAUUGACACCUGAAGAAUACAUGGCUCUGGGUUUUGAGCCCCCACAAACUUCCUUCAGCACACCCAACAUGGCGUUGCCUCCACCUCCCGCGUAUGACGACCACCAAACUCUUCCACUCAAAGUACCUGAAGUGGUCGAAGUGGUAGAACAGGCGGUUUCGCCUUCUCUUACUUUGAUCAGCGACAGAUGCAGUAGCUACGGGGGGUCUUCGCGGAACGGUUCCUUCUCCGUGCCCCGAAUUGAGGACUCUUUCGAAGAACUUGAUAAACUUGAGGAUGAGCUCGAGGCUAUUGACGCCUUUACGCAGUCACGGCGAAUUGCUUUACCUGAGAACGUACCCACCAGCAAACACCUAGAGCCACCCUCUCCAGCAAAAAUGCCGACUAUCUCUAAGAGAGCAUCAGUAAUCGGUAUGUCUUCGACAGUGCGCGUCAAGCCGACUGAAAAGUCGCAAGUUCCUCUUCGUCGAUCAACCUCUCUCGUGUUUCGUGAUAAGAAACAAAACGAUUCCGACGAUACCCUCAAGCCCAAGCCGCAAUUUACUCGCGGAAACAACUCUCAGUCUACUCCUUCUAAAGCGCCUGUCAAGUCUACCAAGGCACCUACUAUUCCCAAAUUUGAGCUUCCUGGUGAGGCUGUAGCUCGUCGUCUGAAGGAACAGCGUGAAGCUCGCCGAGCCCAACAGGCUGAGGCUCAGAGAGCUUAUGUGCCUCCACCGAGACCGAAGUCUAGUAAACCACUCACUAAGCCAAUUUUUGAGCUUCCUGGAGAAGCCAUCUCUCGUCGCAAACGCGAAGAGCGUGAAGCUCGCCUCAAGGCACAAGAAGAAGAGGAAAAACGCAAGCGGGAGUUCAAGGCCAGACCUAUGCGUAAUAGUUUCACGCCAGCUAGCAUCCCGCGAGAGACCAUCGCCAGCCUUGCUCGACAAGGGAAGCUGCCACAAGAAGAUACAAAAAAGCAAGCGAACGCGGCUAAGACAAAGAGAGCAUCCAUUUUAGGUCCACGCCCAAGCCCCAGCUCCGAGGGGCAGAUUCCCCAAAAUCGAGGUCGGUUGUCCACAGCUACGUCACAGGAGCAUCUGAGUCGGGGAACCUCAGUGUCUACGGGAAGCGGCAGUGGGAAGCGGGCUCUUACUGCCGAAGAAGCACACCAACUCAAGGUCCGCGGCAAGGAAAUCUUCCAACGAGACAACAAUGGUUAUAUGCGGGACAAGGAACGCGAGAAGCGCGAACGUGAGGAAGCGACCCGACUGGCCCGAGAGCAGGCUGCAGAACGCUCUAGAAUAGCGAGCCGAGAAUGGGCAGAGAAAAAACGCCUUAAGGAGCAAGCUUUGUUGCAGGCCAUCAGGGGACAGUAA